AUGUCGAAGGAAGGGUUCCUCGUCGUCCACGACGAAGGGCGUCGGAGCCACAUCUACUACGGCGUCCUGGGCGAAGGGAAGCUGCAGUUCUACACCAAACGAGAUCGCGGGGUUAUGGUCCGCGAGGUCGUGCUCUCGCGCUCGCGGCUGAAGGUCCGCGGGGUCCCGGACGCGGACGGCCGCGGCUGUCCCUACAGCUUUUCCGUGCGGCUGCAGCGCUCGCGCAUCCGCGACGGACGCGUGUUCGUCUACGGCGCACCCCUUGUGCUGGUCAUGAGCGCGCCCACGUGGGGCGAGCGCAAAGCGUGGGGCAAUGCCAUCCACGCCUGGCAGCGCAACUACCGGGGCGAGCCCCAGCAUCGGAUGUUAGGCCUCGCGCCCGACGAGCUCGAGGUGUACUUUGAGACGCAGUACAAAGCGCUGCAGAUGAUGCUUCAGACGGCGGCCGUGGGGGACCCGACCAAGUUGGAAGGCGGUGCAGGAGGCGGACGGUCGAAGAAGGAGCGGGCGACUGCGGCAUCGGCGGCUGCGGCAGUUGCGGGUGCAGUGCCCCGCGCGCUGUUUGGACGCGCGCAGGCGGUCAAGAAAAUGGGUAACAAAGUGAGCCGAAAGAUGCGGGAAAAGGCCGUGACGUUUUCGUUGCCUCCUUUGGGACUCAGUGUCUCGACGUCGGUGCAAAACCCACCGACGGUGUAG